AUGUAUAUUGUCAAUGGGCUCAAGAACAAUGGUGUCGCCAAUCCACAUGCCAAGGUUUAUGAUCUUCGCAGCGACACAGAAACCGCGCCUACAGAAGAGAUGUUUGAAGUCAUGAAGCAAGCUUCCAGAGCUGAUGAUGUCUUCCAGGAGGACUCCUCGUGUCGAGAAUUGGAAGAGUACGUGGCCGACCUUUGUGGCCAUGAAGCCGGUUUGUUCUGUGCCAGUGGUACCAUGACCAACCAGUUGGGUUUGUUGACCCAUUUGCGUUGCCCUCCACACUCUGUUGUCUGUGAUUCUCGUGCGCAUGUGUUCUUGCUGGAAGCCGGUGGUAUCUCGUUCCAUGCCCGUGCCUCGGUCAGCCCGGUCAUUGCUUCCAAUGGGGUCCACGUCACCAAGGAGGAAAUUGAAGCCAAUGUGAUCGCCAAAGAUCUGUACUCGGCUCCCACCAAGGUCGUCUCGCUCGAAAACACGCUCAGUGGUAUGAUCUUCCCUCUCUCGGAAAUCCGCAGGAUAUCCGAUAUGGCUCGUCAUCGCGGUCUCGCCAUGCACUUGGAUGGCGCUCGUCUCUGGAACGCUUCUGAAGAAACCGGGAUCCCGCUCAAAGAGUACGGUAAAAACUUUGAUUCCAUGUCUCUCUGUCUUUCCAAGGGAGUGGGCGCCCCCAUCGGUUCCAUUUUAGUCGGUAACGCUGACUUUAUCGACCGCGCGCGGCAUCACCGAAAGCUGUUUGGUGGUGGAUGGCGUCAAGCCGGUCCUUUGGCGGCAGUGGCCAAAUACUGCAUUGAAAAUGUCGUGCCUACGAUGAAAUCCACGCAUCAACUGGCCCGACGCCUCGCGGACGGUCUGGUGGCUCAAGGCAUCGAUUUGCAAAUUCCCGUACAUACCAACAUGAUCAUGAUCGAUACAUCCCGCGCCGGUAUUGACAUCCAAAAUGAUCUUUUGCCGCCCCUGUUGGAACAUAAUAUCCGUAUCGGUGGCAUGGGAACCAAAGCACGCAUUGUCCUGCAUCAUCAAAUUGACCAAGUGGCCGUCGACACUUUUCUGAACGUCGUGUCUCAAGUGAUUGCCGCCAAGGCGGACCAACCUUUGGACAUACCCGUUAGAAGAAUGGUGUCCAUGAUGCCUUAA